GCGUCUGUGGAGCUGCAGUACCGCCAGUCCCCUCCGUGUACAUGGGAUGGCGUGCUUUCCAACCGGAACCCUGGUCUCUUGCGUUUUCACUCAUGCUACACAGAAAUGGCGGAGAAUACAGUGACGGUCACUGUUGCUUACGGUUCUACGAAGCACAGCAUCACGGUAACGGGGCUGGACGGGAACGAACCGAUACUGAAGGACCUUUCUGAUGCUCUGGUUCAGGUUACCGGGGUCCCGAUGCCUGCACAGAAACUCAUCUUUAAAGGGAAGUCACUGAAGGAGAUGGAGGAGAGUCUGUCCAGCUUUGGAAUCAAACAGGGAUGUAAACUCAUGAUGAUUGGAAAGAGGAACAGCCCAGAGGAGGAGUCUGAGCUGAAGAAGUUGGUUUGAAUACAGACCUGUGUGUUGUCUCCUCUCAGAACAGUCCAGAGGAGGAGUCUGAGCUGAAGAAGUUGAAGGACAUUGAGAAGUCAGUAGAACAGACGGCUAAGAAACUGGAGAAGGUGGAUGGAGAGCUGACAGGCCUGAAGAAUGGGUUCCUAGCUAAAGACCUGCAGGCUGAGGCGCUGGGGAGACUGGACCAAAGAGUGAAGGUGGCAUCUGAACAGUUCAUGAAGAUUCUAGAGCAGGUGGACUCUAUGACUUUACCAGAGAACUUUGGUGACUGUCGGAUGAAGAAAAAGGGUCUAGUAAAAACAGUUCAGGGAUUCCUGGCUCAGUGUGACAAGAUUGAAGCAGGGAUUUUAGACCACUUGGCUAAGAUCCAGUCUAAGAACCUGGCCCUGGCAGAUUCUUAGAUCUACUAGUUCACAGAGAUCUACUGGGUCACCAUCUGGGAUCUGCCGUCAUGUCCAUCUCUCUGCUGCUCCACAUCUCUGUCCCUGCCCUGGUCUCCACGCUGCUCUACGUCUCUGUCCCUGCCCUGGUCUCCACGCUGCUCCACAUCUCUGUCCCUGCCCUGGUCUCCACGCUGCUCCACAUCUCUGUCCCUGCCCUGGUCUCCACGCUGUUCCACAUCUCUGUCCCUGCCCUGGUCUCCACGCUGCUCCACGUCUCUGUCCCUGCCCUGGUCUCCACGCUGCUCCACAUCUCUGUCCCUGCCCUGGUCUCCACGCUGCUCCACAUCUCUGUCCCUGCCCUGGUCUCCACGCUGCUCCACAUCUCUGUCCCUGCCCUGGUCUCCACGCUGUUCCACAUCUCUGUCCCUGCCCUGGUCUCCACGCUGCUCCACGUCUCUGUCCCUGCCCUGGUCUCCAUGCUGCUCCACAUCUCUGUCCCUGCCCUGGUCUCCACGCUGCUCCACAUCUCUGUCCCUGCCCUGGUCUCCACGCUGUUCCACAUCUCUGUCCCUGCCCUGGUCUCCACGCUGUUCCACAUCUCUGUCCCUGCCCUGGUCUCCACGCUGUUCCACAUCUCUGUCUCUGCCCUGGUCUAUUCCAACGUAGUGCUUUAGUUUGGGACAGAGACCUAUGUGGGAGCCCUAUCAGGCCAAAGCAAGGACACUAAAUAAGGAGUGACAUUUAUGAGCUGUUGUAAUGUAUUUAUUUAGCAUGGCAACAUGCAGCAGAGUACCCUUAUACUGAGCCCUCCGUGUGUGUGCUGGGGUAGAGAAGACAACACUGACUGUUGCAGCCUUUGGUCCUUAGGGACUUAAGAAAAGGGUGCUGUGUAUGUAGGAUAUUUUAACAAAGUAAAAGAACCAAAUGAAAUAAUCCUUCAGACUUUGAUGUGUGGUGUUUGCUGAUACGUGUUGCUAUUACAGAGACUGCUGAUAUUGAGCUGGUGACUGAUUCUGUGCUGCUUUCUAGUGACAGGAUGUGAUGUCACUAAUGGUCGGUCUGACCAGUGACCGGAUGUGAUGUCACUAAUGAUCAGUCUGACCAGUGACAGGAUGUGAUGUCACUAAUGGUCAGUCUGACCAGUGACCGGAUGUGAUGUCACUAAUGAUCAGUCUGACCAGUGACAGGAUGUGAUGUCACUAAUGGUCAGUCUGACCAGUGACAGGAUGUAAUGCUGACUGCCUAGUGGAACCAUGUUACAGUGUGUCGUUUCAGAUAAAAAGCUGUUGUGAUUUAAA